CCGGAAUACGCCGAACUCACAGAUUCGGGGUACGUUUAUCGACAGUUAGAUCUCUGUACGUCUGGCUUCUUCCUUGGGUGUUUAUAUCUGCUUCUUGAGCGACAGCGGAAACAUGCGAACGAGAUUCACCUCGUGAGCCUAUCACUCAUAGGAUAUGGAUAUGAGUUAGAUGAACUCCGAUUGCAGUAAGUAUUGAUUCCGUACUUGGAGAUAAAUGAGAUAUUUACCCAAGGAGGUUCGCAUGUGCUUGCCGGACACGCACUGUUUUCGGAGACGCAAAAAUGAAGGGGACGUAUGAGCUUGGGUUCAUGAUUGCGCCUUGGGCUCGGACGGCCUGGGAGCUCGAUAAUAAUAAGAAGGGUUUCGAUGCUAUUAUCAUGGCCGCAGGAAGUUUGAUGGCUCGAUACAGCCAAAAAGUAGGAUGUAUCACGAAUCCGGAUAAAGAUUUCUUGGUUGCUGUGGAUGACUUGAUGAGUCUUGACACGCUCUUUUGGGCUGCCGCAAAGUCUAAGGAUACCCGUAUGCACGAGGCUGCGCUCUGCCAUGCUAAAACGAGUCAACGCUACCACGUCCGAGCCGAUCAUUCAACCGCGACAGUAGUUGUUUUCGAUCCCGAGAACGGGGAUAUCAAUCGAGGAUAUGCGGACGGCUCUUGUUGGUCUCGCGGCCAGGCCUGGGCAAUUACUGGGUUCGCGCAGACAUACCAAUGGACUAAAGACAGUUCUUUUCUCGAGACGUCCAAGGCUUGUGCAGAUUAUUUUGUAGAGCACCUCCCUGCCACUGCCAUUCCGUCGUGGGAUUUUCAAGCGCCUGGAAACGGGACACAACCUACAGAUACUAUCGCGGCUAUAAUAGCCAGCUAUGGAAUGCUGCUGAUUCACGAAAUAGAAACUGCUGCUGGAAGGCCGAGUGUAUAUCUGGAGCAUGCGCUGAAAAUCAUAGAGGCUGUUUGCGCUUUCCAUGUCAACGACCCGGUUCAGUUUGUUUCGGCUAGGGAUUCCAUUGAGACAGCUAGUCUAGGAAGCUCGAGUUACCAGGAAAUGAUCGCAGCGGACAUGGAGAAUGGCGCCAAGACGAUAUUCAACGGCGCAACAAUGAACAACCACAAAUUUGCUCCGUGCAGAUGGGCAAACCAGGGAUUGGUGUAUGCGGACUACUUUUCCUUGCUCGUGGGAAAUAAAUUGUUUGAUAUGGGUAUUUCUGUGAGACCUCUUUUGAGUUUAUCCGGCCAUUCAAUUUCCGCAUGAACUUCUAUAAGUGCUGGGAUGCUUCUGCUGCGACAGCUCUAGUCUGGAGAGCGGGAGUCUAUCUCAAGCAAUGAUGAUGAGCAGGUUGAGCACACCCAUGCUUCCGACGAUUUGAUGGAUAAAGAGAAUUCUGAUUUAAGAUGGUAACUGUUAUAUUUACGUCUGUAUUUACAAUAUUUGAGUUGAUCUACGAAUGAAUGAAACUGCCAUGUUCCUGGCUAAUGA